AUGUGCAUCAUGUGGCGCAGUCAUCCCAUCGGUUCAUUCAACGUCCACCAUGCAUUCCUCACCUCACCCUCCCAUGCAGCGGAGCCAGAGAGGCAGCGCCUGGAGAGGGGUCUGCCGGGGUGCGUCCUUUAUGCGGACGACCGCCGCCUCACUGCAUCCUCGCUAAGAGCUGCUGGCAGUGACUCGUUUGAAGCACAUGGGCGCGAGUUCCCCUACUGGCUCGCCACCAAGCUCAUCAACCGGGCGUAUGCACAGCGCCAUGGGUAUCGCUUUGUGGAGAUGGGCGAGGCUGAUAAGGAGCCAGGCAGACACCCCUCCUGGUUCAAGGUGCGCUUCCUGCAGCGCCAGCUGGCGUGCUGCUGCGAGUGGGCGUUCUUCCUUGACUCAGACGCCUACUUCCGCAUGGACAACCACCGCCUCUCUGUCCAAAGCUGGGUGGAUCGACUCACUCUUCCCCACUACUUUGACUGGAUCACCCGUGAGUACAACAUCUCGUUGGCCAACCAGACCUGGUUCCCACGGCCCCCCUCCUCCAUCUUCUCGCACUCGCCGCCCGCCUGCCCCCCGUCACCCGUGAGGCCCGGGCAGGGUGGGGGAGAGGGCGGGGCAGGAGAGGGGGAGCACGAGGGAUGGGUAACGGGAGGGGAGGGGGAGAGCCGGGCGGCGGUGUGUGUGGUGGCGCCGCGGAACGACGAUGAGGCGUCGCGGAUGGCGGAGGGGCAGGCAGGGGCGCUGUUCAACAGCAGCAUGGAGUAUGUCAAUGCAGGGGUGACAUUGUGGCGCCGCUCCCCCCACUGCCUCAAGGUGAGACCUGAGACGUCUCAACACAUGGAGAGGGAGUGGGAGGGGGCGCUGUUCAACGGCAGCAUGGAGUAUGUCAAUGCAGGGGUCACUUUGUGGCGCCGCUCCCCCCACUGCCUCAAGGUGAGGUUUGAGACGUCUCAACACGUGGAAAGGAAUGCGGGGGGGAGGGGAGGCAGGCGGGGGCGCUGUUCAACAGCAGCAUGGAGUAUGUCAAUGCGGGGGUCACGCUCUGGAGGUGCUCCCCCCACUGCCUCAAGGUUGAUAGAAAUGGAGCUCAACUGA